GCCUGUACUGCUCCCAACUGAAAAUCUUCUCAUCCAGAUAUAAUAUGUCAGUCCAGUGGGGGCAUUUCGAAUCUUCUCUUGAAGCUGUCAAACACUGACCAUGUCAAAUGGUACAAUACAGGCACGGUGAGCAUGCCAGUGCCCAGUGCACAGAGAUAUAUGCAAUCCUAGAAACGUCCCACGGUUGCAGCAUACGUAAGAUGGCCGUGCUUCCUCUCCCCUGCUGCUCUCCACUCUUCACAGCAAUGCUGCUGCUCUUGUUUCUCCCAUCUCCAGCAUCGUCCCAAGCGUUCUUCAUCUUCGGCGAUUCCCUCGUGGAUGCAGGAAACAAUGACUAUCUGGUGACCCUCUCCAAGGCCAAUGCCCCGCCAUACGGCGUCGAUUUCUCGUUCUCCGGUGGCAAGCCAACCGGGAGGUUCACAAAUGGGAGGACCAUUGCAGAUGUCAUGGGUGAAGCCUUGGGGCAGGAGAACUUUGCUCCUCCCUACUUGGCUCCGAACUCAAGCACUGGAGUGACCAGCAGUGGAGUCAACUAUGCUUCUGGUUCUUCUGGCAUUUUCGACGAGACCGGCUCUUUUUAUGUUGGAAGAGUGCCACUAGGACAGCAAAUCAGCUACUUUGAGAAGACCAGAGCACAGAUAGUGGAGACCAUGGGAGAGAAAGCUGCAGCGGAGUUUUUAGAGAAGGCGAUGUUCACGGUAGCAGCUGGAUCCAAUGACAUUUUGGAGUUCCUCUCACCUUCAGUACCCUUCUUCGGAGGACAGAAGCCUGAUCCUGCAGUUCUCCAGGAUGCCUUGGUUUCUAAGUUGGCAUUUUAUCUGAAGCGGCUGAACGACAUGGGGGCUAGAAAAUUUGUCGUCGCCGACAUCGGGCCGCUGGGCUGCAUACCGUACGUUCGUGCUCUGGAGUUCAUCCCUGCGGGGGAAUGCUCAGCGGCCGCGAACAAGCUCUGCGAAGGUUACAACAAGAAACUGAAGAGGAUGGUCGGCAGACUGAACCAGGAGCUGGGUCCGGGGAGCGUGAUUGUCUACACGAACACGCACGACAUCGUGAUGGAGAUCAUCCAGCAGCACCGCCAAUACGGUUUCGAGAACGCUUUGGACCCUUGCUGCGGCGGCAGCUUCCCUCCUUUCCUGUGCAUCGGCAUCGCCAACGCGAGCUCCACCCUGUGCGACGACCGCUCCAAGUACGUGUUCUGGGACGCGUUCCACCCGACCGAGGCCGUCAACUUCAUCGUCGCCGGCAGGCUUGUUGACGGCGACGCCGCCGAUGCGUCGCCCGUCAACGUCCGCGCCUUGUUCCAGGACAACCGCAAAUGAAGGAAGAGAUCUCUGUGCAUGCACCCCCGUGUAGUCAUGGAAUGUCUGUGUGGCUGGCUGGCCGUAGUUUCAUCGUCAUCUUGAACAUUUUUCUAUGGGGCAUAACUAGAUUGGACCGCACGUCUUUAACGUGUAGAAUGCGACUGGUGGCGGCGACUUUUAUGAGGAACAAUUUCUAGGCUGAUUUUGUGUCUUUUCUGGAGGGCGGAAAGAAGAUCUUUGGUUGGUUGACGAGAUAAACAAAGCAGACCAGCGACAGGAAUAUUGCAGUCUGCAGAAGUUGCACGAGCAAGUAGGAGCGACCACCGCCGGUGCAGUCUCCAUACCACCAGCACGUCGGCCUAUUCUAUGGGCACGCGACACGAGUAGCCGAGCACACGACCACCGCCGGUGCAGUCUCCAUACCAGCCACGCCACGCGGCUAUAUAUGCAUACAACACUUGGACCCGAUCGAUCUGGUGACUGACGGCCGGCCGUGCCAGGUAAUCCAGUCUCCGGCUAGCUCCAUGGACGGAGCGGCUGCGGAGCCUCAAAAGCCAGCGGCCAACGGCGCCAUGGCGAAGGCGUCGCCGUUAUCAUCCAUGGCGGGAACGGCGGCGUGCCUGGUGGCGGUGGGGCUGGGUGGCGCGGCGCUGCUGGUGUGGUGGGCGCUGGCGUUCCACUCGUCGCACGCGAGGCUCUGGAUGGUGCCGGCGGGCCUCGUCCUCCUCGGCACCCCCAUCCUCGCCUGGCUCUCCCUCCUCGCCUCCGACCCCUGCCGCUGCGGCCGCCGCCCGGCCGAGACGACUCCCACGCCCAGUGAACAUCCAGGAGCUUAGUUAGCUAGUGGUUCCUUCCAUGCACAGUACCACGUAGUAUACUUGUAUAAUUAGUUUGCUUGCUGCAUCCUGGUCAUUCCAGAACCAGAUAUGUAGACAGUACACAUAUAAUCAGCACUACUGUUGCUUCA